AUCAUACCUCGAAUUCCCAUUUCAAAAACCCGCCCGUGGUAUAAUCUUAAAAAUCGCGUUCCAAACAAUCCCCAACAGCCCUCAUUGAUUUGAUAUAAUAACACUCACUGCUGCUGCUGCUGCAGCUGCUGCUUCGCAUUCUCAUUCGUCCUUCGUUCUCAUGGCGCACGGUAGCGACCUCCCGUGUGACGGCGACGGAGUCUGCAUGAUCUGUCGGAGGAAGCCCUCCGACGACGAGUCUAUCACGUGCAAAACAUGUGCCACGCCCUGGCACGUCACGUGCCUCUCGGUCCGUCCCGAAACCCUAGCGGAUGCUCUCCAGUGGCAGGUUGCUGAUGCUCUCCAGUGGGAGUGUCCUGACUGCUCUCCGGCGGUCGGUGAGCGGGAUCCGCCGGAGGUGUCUGAGACAGCGGUUGCGGCUGGAGGAUCGGAGGGAUCCGGUGACUUGAUUGCAGCGAUUCGGGCGAUCGAGUCGGAUGGGUCGUUGACCGAGCAGGAGAAGGCGAAGAGGAGGCAGGAGCUGUUGAGCGGAACUGUGCGAUCGGGGUCGCCGGAGGAGGGGAGCCCGAAUAAGAGGAAGAAUGGUGGGAGGGAUGUUCUCGAUAUUCUCGACGGGAGUUUGAACUGUUCCGUUUGUAUGCAGCUUCUGGAGAGACCGGUAACGACACCAUGUGGUCACAACUUUUGCCUUAAAUGCUUUGAGAAAUGGAUUGGGCAAGGAAAGCGCACAUGUGCAAAUUGCCGCAAUGAAAUCCCACGCAAGGUUGCAAGCCAACCCCGUAUUAAUUCUGCCCUUGUUGUUGCCAUAAGAAUGGCCAAGAUGUCAAAAUCUGUGACCUCAGUGGGCACAUCAAAGGUUUACCAUUUUGUCCACAACCAGAACCGACCUGACAAGGCGUACACCACUGAGCGGGCAAAGAAGGCUGGGAAGGCUAAUGCUUGUAGUGGAAAGAUCUUUGUCACUGUCCCUCCCGAUCAUUUUGGACCAAUUCUUGCAGAGAAUGAUCCGGAAAGAAAUCAAGGUGUGCUGGUUGGUGAAAGCUGGGAGGACAGGCUGGAGUGCAGGCAAUGGGGAGCCCACCUUCCCCAUGUUGCAGGGAUUGCUGGGCAGUCAGAAGUUGGUGCCCAGUCAGUGGCACUCUCUGGAGGCUACGAAGAUGAUGAGGAUCACGGUGAGUGGUUCCUCUAUACUGGAAGUGGUGGGAGAGACCUUAGUGGGAAUAAACGCACAAACAAAGAACAGUCAUUUGAUCAGAAGUUUGAGAAGUCAAAUGAAGCACUGAAAGUAAGUUGCCUCAAGGGGUAUCCUGUUCGAGUUGUGAGAUCCCACAAGGAAAAGCGUUCUUCUUAUGCCCCAGAAACAGGAGUGCGGUAUGAUGGAAUCUACAGAAUAGAGAAAUGUUGGCGAAAAGUUGGAAUACAAGGUUUUAGAGUGUGCAGAUAUCUUUUUGUUCGAUGUGACAAUGAUCCUGCCCCAUGGACAAGUGAUGACCAUGGAGACCGUCCAAGACCAUUGCCUGUUAUCAAGGAGUUAAAGAAUGCAACCGAUACAAGUGAAAGGAAAGGAACACCAUCUUGGGAUUAUGAUGAGACAGAAGGUCGAUGGAUGUGGAAGAAACCUCCACCAGCUAGCAGGAAACAAGGGGAUGGUGGGGGAACUGUAGUCAGGAAAAUUCAGCGGCAUAAACAAAUUUUGUCUGCCAAGGAAAGGCUUCUAAAUGAAUUCAGAUGCCUUAUGUGUCGGAAUGUAAUGGUUCUUCCACUCACGACCCCCUGUGCCCAUAAUUUUUGUAAGUCUUGCCUGGAGGGUGCCUUUUCUGGCCAAACUUUUGUGAGACAGAGGACGUGUGAAGGCAGACGGACGCUACGAGCACAAAAGAAUGUCAUGAAAUGCCCUUCUUGCCCCAAUGACAUCUCUGACUUCCUUCAAAAUCCACAGGUUAAUAGAGAGUUGAUGGAUGUGAUAGUAUCACUCCAGCGCAGGACUGUGGAGUCGGGGGAAGAUGCUGAGGAGACGAGUGAAGGAACCGAUGGCAUGGAUGAAAAGCCUGAUGCCAUUACUGGUGAUAAAGAAAUUGGCGAGAGUUGUGAAAUUCAGGAGGAUUCUGAAGAGACUGAUGGCAUGAACGAGAAGCAGGAUUCUGAAGAGACUGAUGGCAUGGAUGAGAAGCCUGAUGCUGUUGCUGCAGAUAAGGAAACUGGUGAUGAAAGUUGUGAAAUUCAGGAUGCUUACCAAAAGGAUGUAUCUGAUCCUUUGGUUGAAACCAAACCCGAGAAGGGUAACAAGCAAAAGAAAGUAUUACCCAGGAAGUCAGAUAGUGUGAAUGGUAAUGCUGAAGUGAAGUCUGAUACUUUGAAUGCCGAUGCUGAAGUUAAUGCUGUCAAAGGGGGGGCUCCUGAAAAUAAUGAGCUACAAACAAGUCCAGUUGACAGCACACCAAAGCGAAAUUACAAGAGAAGGAAGCCUAAUGGAGUGAGCAACAGCCCCGCAUCAACGCUGGGUUAUGGGGUGAAGACUAGAAGCAUGAAGGCCAAAAUGGCAGCUGCUGCUCCAAAUGAUUUGCCAUCAAUUACAAUCCAAGUUCAGAGUGAUGAUGAUUUUGAAUGAUGCAUCCUCUGGUAAUUUGUUUUCUUUUCCUCGUUUGGUCAUAUGAGCUGUGAUUUUUUUGGCUUUUUGGGGGGUUAAUCGGCAUUUUUGGGGUUACAUGAAACAACAUAUUCUUCAAAGCUAUACAGCUCUUCUUUUUCACUUUUUCAUCUUUUGUGUUAAGCUAGUGCCCCAUUGUUGAGUCUUAAGAACAUUGGGUGGCUAUAUAGAUGAUGUCUAUAGGGCAAAUGUUUUGAAUGUAUUGUACGCUGUGUUGCAUUGUUGUUCUAAGAAAGUAGAAUUUGCUUCAUUGACUCA